AAAAAGUUAAAGAGAAGUGGAGCGGGUAACGUGGCAGCUGAGAAAGGUGGGACAGAAGAGUAGGACAGGAAAAACUCGGACAGAGGAUCUUUUCCUCGGACAGAUGAUCCCGAGCCGUUGGAGAGACGGGACAAGAAGAUAUAUAUCCAUACCCAUGGAUUUUAGGGCGAGCCUUGGUGGCUAGGGUUUUCUCUGUUUGUUGAUUGCCGCGUGAGUUGCUCGAAAAUGUGGGAUGCAUUGUUUGAUUGGGAUUUUCCAGAUUCAGAUUCAGAUUCAGAUUCAAAUUUAUGCGACGAUGAGUUUGGCCUCGUUCAGUUGUUUGGGGACAAAAAACCAGACAUGGAGUUGCCUCCUUCAGGAUCACCAAGGGCGUAUUCGUGGAGUGAUGAUGAUAGUGGUUGUGACAAUGAAGACAUAACCGUACCAGUUGAGAAGAGCGAUGGGUUUGAUGUACAUUAUACCUAUCGGAUGGUCAUAAGCGACAAGACUGGCUUGGAUUUCAAGAUGUUCUCGCAGGUUGCGGUGGAGGAAUACAACCGUCGCUUCAAGGAUUCAAAUAGUGAGCUGGAGUUUGUGAAGGUUUUAACGGCAUUGUCUCAGCUAUGCGCUGUUAUCAUGUUAUAUUUAACCUUCGAGGCCCAGGAUCUUGCUGAUGGAGGGAUGGUUAAGAUCUAUCAAGCUGUGGUGUGGUGGACGGUAGAUGAUGUGAAGGUGCUAUCCUUUAGGCUUAAACCUCCUGAGGAUGAACAAGGUUCAUGCAAUCAUGGGAAUGAAUGGUUUUGGAAAGGUCACUAGUGCUUAGUAUGUUUGUUUCAUCACAUGGAAGUACGAUGUAAGUUAUUGGACCGAUAAUGACGUUUUUGGUUGUUACGAGGAAAAUUAAUUAUGUCAUCGUCCUAUUUAUGGCCUGUUAUGCUGUUGGUGUAUUGAAGCACAAGAGCUGAAGCAAUUCUCUAUGAUACAUGUGAGGAUAUCUUUCACCAAAUACAGGAUUGCUUUACCGGACCCAA